AAUAGUGUAGCCUUUGUGUGCUGAAACGCAUCUCUAUAACGUCUUCCGCCACGCCAUGGAGUGUCCACACCUCUCGGCAAAUGUGUGUAUAGCCCCUGACACCGCCACCUUCCCCAAUGGCUGCCCCUCGUCUUGGUGCUGUAGCGUGUGUCGAUCAAACAAAAGUCCAUGGGUCUGUCUGACUUGUUCUGGCGUACACUGUGGAAGAUAUGUGAAUGGCCAUGCCAAGAAGCAUUAUGAGGAUGCCCAGGAUCCACUUGCUAACUCCAAGCAACAGGAAAAGCCGGAUAAAGAGAGAUUGCAGCACACAGUGUGUAUGGACUGCAGCAAUUACAGCAUCUACUGUUACUGCUGUGAUGAUUUUGUGGUGAAUGAUACCAAAAUGUGUUUGAUACAGAAAGUUCGGGAGCAUUUGCAAAACUUGGAAAACAGUUCUGCUUUGACAGCAGAUAGGCAUAGGAAACGAAAAAUCAUUGAAGAUCCCUCCCCAAACAAGAAAUUGCUAAAGGAAAAUGGAAGUACCACAGGUAUGUCUGCUACCGGCCUUAGAAAUCUUGGCAAUACCUGCUUUAUGAAUGCAAUUCUGCAGUCUCUUAGCAACAUUCAGCAGUUCUGCAGCUAUUUUAAAGAUUUGCCAGGUGUAGAGCUUCGCAAUGGAAAAACUGCUGGUCUCAGGACCUACCAUACAAGGAGCCAGGGGGAAGUUAGUGUAUCGUUGGUGGAGGAGUUUAGGAAGACCAUGUGCGCAUUGUGGCAGGGGAGCCAGACUGCCUUCAGUCCAGAAUCUUUCUUUUAUGGCGUUUGGAAAAAUAUGCCAAAUUUCAGGGGUUUUCAGCAGCAGGAUGCUCAUGAAUUUGUGCGUUAUUUGUUGGAUCACCUUCAUUUAGAACUUCAGAGGGAUUGUAAUGGUUCCUCUCAGUCUGUCAAACCCCAAGCAAAUAUCAGUCAGUCCUCAAGCAGCAAAUGUAUAAAUGGUGCAUCCACAGUGGUUACUUUUGUAUUUGGCGGUGUCUUGCAAAAUGAAGUGAACUGCCUAAUUUGUGGAACAGAAUCCAGAAAAUUUGAUCCAUUCCUAGAUCUAUCUUUAGAUAUUCCCGUUCAAUUCCGUAACAAGCGUAAAAACCAAGAGAGUGGACCAAUCUGUACACUGCGAGACUGUCUUCGCAGCUUUAUGGACCUAGAGGAACUGGAUGAGACCGAGCUAUACACGUGCCUAAAAUGCAAAAAGAAGCAGAAAUCAACAAAAAAAUUCUGGAUACAGAAAUUGCCAAAGGUGCUUUGCUUACACCUAAAACGAUUCCACUGGACAGCUUACUUAAGGAAUAAAGUGGACACAUAUGUAGACUUUCCUCUUCGAGGGCUGGAUAUGAAAUCUUUCCUGUUAGAGCCUGAAAAUAUGGGUCCAGAGAACUGCUUGUAUGACCUUGCAGCUGUUGUUGUACACCAUGGCUCUGGUGUUGGUUCUGGUCACUAUACAGCAUAUGCAACUCAUGAAGGGCAUUGGUUUCAUUUUAAUGAUAGUACAGUGACUCUGACAGAAGAAGAGACUGUUGGCAAAGCAAAAGCUUAUAUUUUAUUUUACGUAGAACGCGAGGUACCUGGUGCAGAGAAGCUCUAAAUACUUCUUCAGACAACUCCCUGGCUUUUCAUGGGAUCACAUCACCACCUUUUCUGCUAAUACUUGAUUGGAAGAAACCUUUUUACCUCUUGGACAUACAUAUAUUUUGUGAAUAUGUUGGCUAGCAGCUAAAUAAUCGCCAGAGAAAAAUGAGUUGCUAAGUUUUUGGCACAAUUUGAAUGAGCAGUUAGAGAUCAUCCAUACACAAUCCAUUCACAAUGGUAUAUAUUUGUACAUACAAAAUAAAACAGUUUUUUUUUUUUUUUUUAAUGCAGUACUCAAGAGAUGGAUAUAUAUGGUUUCUUACUAUGUGUUUCUCACUGGGGCAGAGAAACAAAGUAUUAUAGUGGCCCUGACUGAUGGUGUAGGUGGAACAAGUAGAACUAAGCUUGCAGGAUUUCCCCCAUUCCCUUCAUGUCCGUUGAGAGGGAGUUUGACCUAGUAAUUCUAUUUUUCUUUCUGUUGGCCACUUCUUGGUUAGUGCAGAAACAUCUUUGCUGGUCCAUUUUGUAAGAUAUGAAACCCCAAAUGUUUCUUUCAUGAUUCAGAUAGAAGUAAAUUAGAAAGUUGUUUAAAAUUA